AUGUCGAAAUCCACCAUGCGCGCCGUGGUCUUCAAAGGCCCAGGAAAGGUCGCCGUGGAAGACCGACCGAUCCCCAAAAUCCAGGACCCGACCGACAUCGUCGUCAAGGUCGACUACACGGCGCUGUGUGGCAGCGAGCUGCACGUAUAUCGCGGCCACCAGCCCAGCGGCACCGGCUUCAUCAUGGGCCACGAGUUCACGGGAACGGUGGACGAGGUCGGCGCGGACGUCAAGACGGUCCAGAAGGGCGACAAGGUCGUGAGUCCCUUCACGGUGAGCUGCGGGCAGUGCUUCUACUGCAAGAAGGGCUUUUCCUCGAGGUGCGAGAAAUGCCUGCUGCUUGGGUGCGCGGCGUUGGAUGGUGCGCAGGCUGAAUAUGUGCGCAUCCCCUUGGCGGACUCAACCGUCAUGAAAGCGCCACCCGGCAUAGAAGAGGACAAACUUGUUCUCAUGGCAGACAUCUUCCCAACUGGUUACUUCGCGGCUGCCAACGCUUUCUCCUCGCUCGCCAAGGACGACGUUGCGGAUGCUACUGUUGUGGUGAUUGGUUGCGGUCCGGUUGGUCUCUGCGCGCUCGUCAAUGCCCUGGACUACAAACCGAAACAUUUGUUCGCUGUCGAUAGUAUCGAAACCCGGCUGGACCUUGCAAAGAGUCUCGGUGCCGAGCCGCUCAAUUUCCAGACCGAUCGGGAAGGGCUGGAGAAGAGGAUCAAAGAGGUGACCGACGGCCGCGGGGCUGAUGUCGUCAUCGAGGUGGUUGGGCUAAGCCCCGCGCUAAAGUUAGGUUUCGACAUUCUCAGACCAUGGGGGAUCAUCAGCAGCGUUGGAGUGCACAACGGCGAGAUUCCAUGGACGGGCAACCAGGGGUACGGGAAGAAUCUACGCAUCCAAAUGGGACGAUGCCCAGUGCGGUCCAUCUUCCCGCAAGCGCUGGAAGCGCUCCAGCGCAAGCAGCACCUGUUGGGAUUCAUGGCGGAUAAGAUGAUGCCGCUGUCGGAUGCAGUGGAGGGCUACGAUCUGUUUGAUAAGAUGAAGGCGCAGAAGGUGGUGUUCCAAGCGCAAAGGUAG